AUUAAGGGAAGCAUUGUCUGCGUCAAAACGUCCCGGUCAUUCAUCUGAUGUGGCGUCCACAUCUCCCGCAUCAAGAAAUGUGGUAAAUAACCUAGACUCUCCUGAUGGUCGAACCAAUUUAACGCGAGAACUGCAAGCUUUGCGUGAAAAACUCAACCUCAGUGAGAAAUUAAACACAGCCUUAAAAUAUGAACUCGAAGCGAACAAAAGACUUGCUACCAAAUCUGGCUCCUCAGAAGAGCCUCUCAUGGGCCACCUUGAAGAACUGCGACAGCUGAGAUCUCGCUUAGAGGAAAGUAUUAGAACAUACGAUGAACUGUGUAUACAACUGGAGGAAAAGUUGAAAGAGCUGGGCAAGGAGGAAGGGGAUGAAGAAGUCUUGAAGGAAAGUAUGUCACUUGUCAAAGAGAACGAAAGUUUACGUCUCAAAGUUGGGAAGUUUAAUGAAAAAAUGAAAUUGAUUCAACAGCAACUGGAGGAACACAGACUGACAAGGAAAAGGUAAGUUCAUUCUUAAUUAAGGGCGUAGACUGCGAGUGGGUCCCUCCUUUCCGCGGGUUUGGAAUUCCGGGCAUGCGAGGGGAAAGGAGGACUUCCAACAACACAUCAAAAAAUGAGAAACGCCUACUUUUCGCAUUGUCAAGUAGGCUCCGUCUUUGCGUAAACGUCAAUUUUAUCCAAUUAAAUGUAUCCAAUGGUAACCGCUCGUUUAAGCAAUGUCUGGUUUAUUUAUAUAAUCAACAUUCAAGUCUGGAAAUUAUUUAUAGCAUAAUUGUUACGUAUCAGAUUUGAUUUCGACCAAUGAGAAUUUUGCGUUGUGUGGGCAACGCGUAUUUCGUUUCUGGAUGCAUAUGUGUUGUCAGCAGUCCCUCGUUUCCCGCAUGCAAGCCGGAUUAAAGGGAAAUGGCACCAAAAAGUAUGUUUGCCUAUAAUUUGAAAGAAUGUUGAGAUUAUUUACAAAUCCUUUUUACAAAUUUUCCCAAGUAUCCUAAUUUUUGGGAAAUUUGGAACCAAAACAUUCUGCCAUCUUGUUUUAUAAUUAGAUCUAAUUAAAUGUGACGUCACAACAAGGGUAGACAUGUUAAAAAUAAUAUCAGUGGAAAACUUAUGCAUAUUUGUGCCUUUAUUUAAAAUAGACAAUAGUAAAGAUACAAAAUAAUGGUACCCAGGUUGUGAAGUCACGCGUAUCUGACGAUGGAUAGCGAAUGGACGAGAGGAAGGUUUUCGAGAUGGCCGCUAUUUUUCAUGAUCGUAAAAACGCAAAUCUAGUAGUGAAUCGACAGUCAGGCACUUAUAACAAUCUUAAACCUUACCCUAAAUCUUGGCUUAAACCAAACGCCAGUCCUAAGCCUAACUUAGUAACUUUAACCCUAAACUAAACUAAAGCGAAGUUUGAGUUUAAAUUUUGAAUUGUCUUGAAAACCACUCUCUCGUCCAUCCCUUUUAACCAUUACCACGAUGGAUAUGCAUACCCAAGAUGGCGGAAUGCGUAAUGAUUUUGUUUGAAAUGAAGUGUAUUAUCUUUUGUACCAAGAACGAUAAAGAACGUUUGUAAUAAGGUUUGAAGAUAGCCAUGUACAGUUUUCAGUGAAGUAUACUGAAUAAUAAUUAUAUUAUAAUCCAAUAUAUAUUACAGCUAGUUUCGGAUUAUAAGAAUGGUACAGCAAUGUGGAGUCGAUGUUGACGAGAAGUUAAUUCCAUUAUAUUUCAGAGACAAGGAACAGAUCACUUUGUUGAAUAAUCAACUGAUGGAGAGUAACAAAGCUAACGAAAGUUUACGCAACGAACUCGCUAUCUGCGACAGUGUGAUUAAAUUAAGUCAGAAGUCAAAUCGUGAAGGUAUGUAGUGUAUACAUUUAUAUGUUGCCACAACUGUAACAAUAGUUCCUUCACGUAGUCAGCCAUUCGUUUUUGCAUAAGGAAUACCAAUUGCUGCCACCUAUACGACUACUUGGUGGUAUCGUCUCUUAAAUGUUUUGCCGUUCAAUUUUUGCUGGUCCUUUUGUGACCGCAUUGAAAAGAGGCUUCCGCGCAAUCAUCAGAGUGAGACCUUUCACCUCUGAGAUCAUGGAUUUGAUUCUCGUUCCCGGACUGAAGACAUUCGUGUGGAAAGAGCCAGGUUGAAUCGCGUCCUUCACAAUUCGGCUGCAAGUAAGGAUGAUAUCAUACACCCACCUACUCCCCCACUGACCUGCUUAAGCGUUUCCAUCGGUGAUACCUCUGCUCCAUCCUUCAUGUUCACUGGAGUGACGUCGUUACCAACAAUGAAGUUCUCGAACAGAUGAAGAUCGAAACCAUUGAGGUCAUUUCUAACCAAACUAACUAAUAAGCAUUGCGCUUUUCGCGGAUGCAUAUAUACACUUCAGCCAUUUGGCCUAACAUUGGACUAGUAUCCCAAAGUUCACGGGUUCGAUUCCCAGGUCAGGCAAACUUUUCAGUUUGCCCGGUGUGGAUUACUCAGAGUAACACCACAAACAUAUUCACCUGAGUAUACAACACCAACACACACAAAAAGUGUCAUAUCUUACACAGCCAGAAACGCGCAAGUCGGAACAGAUCUGCAACAGAUCUGUUAAAUCCUGUUGUCAACAAGCCGAUAUCUGGAUGCGUUCGCUCGCCUUGUACCUGUCUGUUCUGACAGACUUGCAACGGCCUGUCAACAGGUCUGUUACAAGCUGUUGUGACAGAGCUGCUGCAAUGUUGUUUUCAACAGGUCUGUUACAAGCUGUUGUAACAGAGCUGCUGCAAUGCUGUUUUCAACAGGUCUGUUAAAAGCUGUUGUGACAGAGCUGCAGCAAUGCUGUUUUCAACAGGCCUGUCGCAAGUUGUUGACACAGAGCUGCAGCAAUGCUGUUUUCAACAACUUGCGACAGACCUGUUGCAAACCGAGGAAAGCGCCUUAUGAAGCUUGUCUAUCCACUAUUUUGAACAAAAAACGGCCAAACAGGUUGCCAUAUUUCGGUUGUAGUGUUUCGUGAAAUAGAAGUUUGAAAUAUAAAGUUUUAUAAACAAACUUGCGAGAUAAUUUUUAUAUAUGAAUAUAAAGUUUUAUAAACAAACUUGUGAAAUAAUUUUUAUAUAUGAAUAUAAAGUUUUAUAAACAAACUUGCGAGAUAAUUUUUGAGCAAAACAGCCGAAAAAAUACGACAAAUUCAAGAAAGGUUCUUAUCGUAAACAAUUUUCAAAAUUAUUUGUCUUGAAGUACGACCGAAAUAUGACAACCUACUUGCAUAUUUUUCUUCAAAACAGUACAUACCAUAAACACAAAGCUUCAAUAAGGCGUCCUCCUCGCUCGCAGAUUUCACUUGAAAUUGGAAAGAAAUUAUAUAACGAAUUUCUCAAUUUCAUGUUCAUAUCAGCAAUGACGAACGUUGCAGUGAACACUCGGUUGUUCAUGUAUUGUUCAUUUCUUAAGCUCUAGAUCUUGUAUUCUCAUUGCUACAGUUUCUUCAAAAAUCAAAACAGCUUUGAACUUGUUUGAUUUUGUUUGAGGCAGUUGUUGAAAUUUUGUUUGGCUCAAAAUUGAAGAACAACUAAACAUGAUUACGUGAUUGAUAUGUUUGUAAUAUUUCGUCCAAUUGCAACGAGGAAUGAUGACGUGUGCACACGCGUUUAUCCAAUCAGAUUAAAGAAAUAUAGCGAUAGCACACGUCAGCAAAUUGGAAUUUGGAUUUUGGAAAUCGGAACUUUUUAAAAAAAAAAUAAAACAGCGGCUUUUGCAUUUUAUAAUAAUCAGAGAAUAGAUACUAUGGACUAUAAUCUCUCCUAUGUGAUUUAAUAUCGCCACCAAUGACAAUGAUUAAAUGAGAAAGUGAAGCCGGAAGUGUCCAUUUCGUGCGAUUUUAUAUCUCUUUACUCACAUUUUCGAUUUGUUUCCCUACAACAGGCUUGUUGAAACUUGUUGUGACAGGACAAAAAUUGUUUGUUGUGGACAGGUCUGUCGCAGGUCUGAUAACAAGCUUGCUGCAGACUUGACAAAAACAACUCGCGACAGGUCUGUUGGAACAGAUUGUAACAGACCUGUUGAUUUCAACAGACUUGCUGCAAAUUGUUCGAUCAGACCUGUUAUCUCUUGUUAGUAACAGGUUUGUAGCGGGUUGUUUCAACAAGUCGCUACGGCCAAAGAUUAGAUACUAUAAAGAUGUGUCACUCUGCGAAAAUUAUGUUCGAGAUUUUUUUAUAGCCGCCAUUUUGCCAGUAAGUGUCAAAUUCGUCAAAAUUCGUCAUAUAGCGCGAGCAUCGCGAUGGCAACCUAUUGUAUUCAGUCUCGCCGCCAUUUUGGCAGUAAGUGUUAUGCACUCGUCAUCUCGCGUGAUCACUCGUGAUCAGCACGGAAAAUUACGGACACGCAAACAUUAGGGAAAUACGUCGAGUGACACAUCUUUAUAGUAUCUAAUCUUUGCUACGGCUCUGUUGUCAACAGCUUGCGACAGACCUGUUACCGCAAGCCUGUUACCGCCUGACGAAACCAACAGACCUGUCGCGACUUGUUGACAACUUGCCGCAAGCCGGUAAAAUGAACAGCUUGCGACAGACCUGUGAGAUUUCUGGCUGUGUAGAAUACAUUGAUAUCGAAGGAACUAGACUCAGUUUCGAAAUAUUACCAAUUCGAACCGACUUGACCACGUAGCUCAGUGGGUAGAGCAUUGGAGUAGUAUCCCAAAGUUCGUGGGUUCGAUUCCCAUCGUGGUCAGGCAAACUUAUCAGUUUGCCCGGUGUGGAUGCACACUCAGAGUAACAUCACAAGUGUAAUACUUUAUCGCUAAUCAAGUUCUCAGUUCAUAAAACCCGCGUAGUAUUAUUCUUUAAUUAAAUUGAAAUCAAAACACGAGAUUUUUUCACACUUCUUGUGCUAACCGCCAGUUGUUUUUGUCUGUGUUUCAUAUAGGUUCAGAGAGCAGCACAGGAUCAAGUAAUAACGAUGCCAUCACGUUAUUGUUGGCUGAAAUCCGCAGUUUACGAGAACAACUAGAAGCCAGUAUACAGUCGAAUAACUCGCUAAGACAGAUACUACAGAAGCAACUAUCUUCCUCGCCGCAACGACAAACACCGCCCGCCCGUUCACCUGAACAUGUGACAGCUAGGACAACUCCUAUGGUGUCGCCUAGUAAGUCACCGCUGAUUUUGUAGCAAAAUUUCUUUCGUAUGGUAAACUGAAGUAAUUUAUACUGAGUAGCUCUAUCAGUUCUAAACUGUUCUCCCUAGAGGUCCAGUAAUUGGUAGGCACGCAAGAAAAUUUUUGAAAAUGCCCCCCCGCGUUUAACUCAAAAACAAUAGCAAUAACGUUAAUUAAACAAUAGGUACAUGCAAAAACGGCGAAACCCACUCUCUCCCCUAAAUUGCGCACUUUCCCUUAAGUUAAGGCCGCUUUCCAAGUAAAGCGUUUUUCAAGGUUUUUUUUUCUUGUGCCGUUCAACAAUACUUAAACAGCUACAAGAACAAAACGGCUCAGGAACAUCAAUAAUCAGAUGAUCAAACUGAUUAUCAAUUUCCCAUUUGUAAUACAAAAUGACUGAAAAACGGCAAACUUCGCAAGGCUAUAUAUUAGUGAGCUUAAGCAAGUGACGUUUUUGACAACACGGACGUUGACCGGAAGUAAAGUUGACGUUUUUCACCAAUCACCGCCCUUGACCCAGUCUUCUGACGUUACUCAUGCCGUUCGUGUUGUCAAAAACGUCAUUUGCUUAAGCUCACUAUUAUGCUAUUAUCCGCAAUUUACAACAUUUCGCAACGAAACUUCGGAAUAUUACUAAUUUUGUGAUGCUCUUUCAAGCUGUGAUGAAAUUUUUGUCCAGACUUGUCUAGAUCAAAAUUUCACUCAUAAGGGGAAAGGUCUAUUACGUUGAUGACCUGGUUUACACAUACAAUCUAUAUACGAUAUAAAACAUAUACAGUGUAUGCACGUACACCCAAUACACUCUUUCGAUAACCACGUCACAAAUCCUUCCCCAGCGUGCUUUUUAAAUGUCGAAAUAACGUAUUAAUUACCUCAACAAGUACACUUUAAAUCACACACAAAACUAAAUGAUGUGCUUUUUGUUCAUUUAAUUAUUUCAUAAAAGACUUUGCGUAUACGUACGUAUGAAAAACGCUUAACUGGAAAGCAGCCUUUUGUGGUCCAGCGUUCGAACAGGAGGUCCUGUGAGACUAACUAGAAUCAUCCAUCGCACAUGUGACAAAACAGUCGAAAUCAUAAUCACAAAACCUCAUUGGUGAGAAACUGGUCGAGUAGCGAAAUGUUCCCGAUGUUAGUCCAGAUUGAUGUAUUAUGAUCCCUUUCUACGCCGUAGCUGACAUUUGUUAUCACUUGCACUAUUACAAAUACUGAUUCGAUUCGUAAAUAUGAUGUUUAAGGUUUAUUUUCCUUACAGUUUUAGAUCGGUCCACUGCCACAGCGAACUCGCCAAGCGACAAGAACAGAAGUUUAAACUUGGAAUCUCAAAAUCUUCAAGAUCUUCGACAGUACAUCAACUCCAGUUUUCAAAAUGCCGAGUCUCUGUUGGUGAAAAUAAUGAGAAUAACCUUGGAGGAACACGACUCCAGUGGUAAAGUAAGUAAAAGGCCUGGUCACGAGUAGCGUAGCCGUGGUUUGGAAACUGUUAAAACAAGAACGGAUCCUUAUACUCUGGUAUGAUGAGAUGUGUUCCAAGGACAUAUGAAGCUUUUUUGGCAGGAGAGGGUUCCAGCGGCAAAUUGCAAAUGUUUAGGACAUAUAAAAUUUUUCAAAACGACUUAACUCGCGCCAUGAAUGUCCAAACGUCAUGAAAUUUUCAGUGUACACUAAUUUGAGCAUGACAAUUUCAAUUAUGAGGUCCAAUUUUGGCAAAGAAAUGUAGAUAGUGAGAUGAAAAAUUGAUGACGUCAAACUCGGAUCGGAGAAUAGGGUGUUUUGGUUUGGGAGAAUUUGAUUUGCGCUUUUGUGGGAAAAUGUACUAGUACUCUAAUGCCUCAAACCCAAAUGCUUUUGUAAGUCGUGAUAUAUUGAUGUAUCAAGGUAUUUGUUGGUAUUUCCAGUGAAUUCUUUUCUGCUUUUAGCUUGACGAGUUAAAGAAAGAGUUGGAAUCGUUGCGGACAUUGUUGUUUAAAAGUGUCAAGGUGUUGGAUCAUUUGUGGGCUGAGCAUCUUUCGUCUGGACCUACAUCUGCAGAUAGAUUAACAAGACAGGUAUCGUGCAGUAUAAUAUAUAAUACAUUACGUGUAGGUUUCCUAACGUACCUACAUGUAAUUAUUAGGCCGAUUAAAAGAUUAUUUCAUGCGAUGAAAAUACAUUAUUUAAUGACUUUCAAUUAAGGUUGGAUUGUCGUGAAAUAACCCUAUUUUCAAUAAUUUUUGUAAAAUUUCAGAACGAUGAAUUGCGUAAAGAAAUCACAUUACUUAAAAAGAGAGUGCUCAGUCAAAGUAAAAUCUUGGAAAACACAGCAACCCGUCUUGAGGUGAGAGAAUAGACCUUAUGCAUAACCCGUCACAAGGCUUGAUGCCCGCGAAGAUGUUCUUUUCAAUAACAUAAUCAUUCAUUAUUCAAGGUUUUCCUGCGUUAG